UUUUUUACUCAAUUAAUAUUCUAAAGGGUGGUUUCAACUUCUGCCAAAGUCAUUUUCUGGUAAGAUAUCUGUACUUUUACUUGAGUAUGACUUUCAGGAACCUUAUACACCACUUUAUACACACGAGGACCUGUGGGCAGCCAUAUUGCUGCAGUGAUCAGGGUCUCACCUCAGUCGUGGAAUUGUAGGUGGAGAGAGCGCUUGUUAUUCACUCCCCCCACCUACAAUCCCUGUCGAACCUGAGACUCGAAUCCGCAACCAAUGGGUUACAAGUCUGACUCUCUAACCAUUAGGCCACAACUGCCUCAAAACUAUUUCCAGUGUCUGCUAUAUUUUUUCUGCAUAAGUUAUGACCGAUAACAAAUAUUUUUGAACUCUUUUAAACCAAAACUGAGCUGUCUCAUACCCUCUCACUCACAAGCACUUGUCAGCCUUUGUAAUUCAGUUGUAAUUCUUAUCUCUUUAUGUUUCCUUGCUGCUAUGGUAACCAGUGGCCUUGGGUAUCACAGACAUCCCGGCACCAACUCCAGUUGUUUGGUGAGGGGUCUACUGGGCAGUUUGUUAAAUACAAUAUAAUGAUGUGACUGAUUUGUCCAGCAGUUACACUGUGCACAAAAUAAUGCAGACAUAAUAGUAUUUAUAGUAUUUUUGUAAUUAAUUAAAAAAAUUACAUCAGUUUCACAUUCUAGUGUGACUCAAGUCCAACCCUACAAUUUUUUUAUGUGGUUGAAUAUCCUCUUUCACUCAUUAAUGCUGUAUGUCAUAUAAUGAAAGAUAAAUUAAUUGUAAAUGCAAUUUUAUGUUGAUUUUAAAACAAAGGUGUUAAAACACGUCUGCCAUUAUUCUGUUAAUUUGUGCUUUUUUAUUAUUUUUUUUAUACAGAUGAUCAGCACUGCUGGCACUGUGGGUAAAUGGAAGGCAAUGGCACGUCCAUCUUUACCUUCUUCAUUGGACUCCACAUUACCUGGGAUAUCUCGAGAAGUGCUGUCUGUGUCCAUGGAACCAAAAUAUCAAUGUCAGCAGUGCAAAGAAAUUCUUAGGAAACCUUUCCAAGCACAGUGUGGACAUCGCUUCUGUGUGUUCUGUUUCAAACAACUCACCAGCUUGGGGCCCAUACCAUGCGAAGCCUGUCGUGCUGAAGAUAUAUUUGAAGAGGCAACGUCUAUGCUCAAUAUUGCAGUGGCAUUUCCUGAUAAUGCAGCACGAAGGGAAAUUGAUAGCUUGCCAGCCAAAUGCCCAAAUGAUGGAUGUAGUUGGUCUGGAACACUGAAAGAGUAUGAGGGUCAACAUGAAGGUCGUUGUGACUUUGAACGUGUCAAAUGUGAAGCAUGUCAAGCACUCAUCUUGGUCAGUGAGAAAGACCGCCACAAUGAGCGGGAAUGCGAGGCCAGAACCCUGAACUGCAAAUACUGCAAGGUCGCAUUCAACUUCAAAGAAAUUAAGGCCCAUGAUGAAAUAUGUCAGAAAUUCCCCAUGCAAUGCAAAGACUGUGGUAAAAAGAAAAUCCCCAGAGAGAAGUUUCAAGAGCACAUCAAGUCUUGUGCAAAGUCUAAGUCAGCAUGCCAGUUCAGUGAAAUUGGCUGCAGGGCGGUGGUUGACAAUGGUAAGCAGCAGGAGCAUGAGCAGACCAGCAUGACGGAACAUUUGCGUCUAAUGCUAGCCGUGCUGUCCUCUGUGCGCCAGCGGGCCGAGGGGACUGGAGAGUGGCAGGAAUAUUCUGGACUGGGAUUGUAUCGUGGACCUGAAGAUGCAUCUCUAUCGGGGGCUCAUGCUGCUGGCCAUAAUGCAGGAAGAGGAGGCGGUCCUGGCGUACAGCAGAAAGUCACAGCAUUGGAGAACAUAGUGUGUGUGUUGAACAGGGAGGUGGAGCGAUCGGCCCUCACCCUGGAGGCACUAUCCCGUCAACAUCGGUUAGACCAGGAAAAGAUAGAGAGCUUGUCAAACAAGGUGCGACAGCUAGAACGGACUUUAACCAUGCGAGAUCUGCAGUUAGCAGAAUCUGAACAGUCCUUGCGGGAGCUGCAGUUUUGUACAUACGAUGGAGUUUUCAUUUGGAAAAUUGCAGACUUCUCUCGUCGCAGACAAGACGCAGUGGGGGGCCGGGCACCUGCCAUGUUCUCACCUGCGUUCUACUCCAGUAAAUAUGGGUAUAAGAUGUGCCUGAGACUUUACCUGAAUGGUGACGGCACAGGCCGGGGCACUCAUCUGUCUCUAUUUUUUGUGGUCAUGAGGGGCAAAUAUGAUGCCUUGCUGAAGUGGCCCUUUAGCCAGAAGGUGACAUUGAUGUUGUUGGACCAGAACAACAGAGAGCACAUCAUUGAUGCCUUUAGGCCUGACGUGAGCUCCACAUCUUUCCAGAGACCCAUCAGUGAGAUGAACAUAGCCAGUGGUUGUCCUCUCUUCUGCCCUCUAGCCAAGCUGGCAGGCAAAAGCUCAUAUUUGAGAGAUGACACCAUAUUUAUUAAAGCCAUAGUUGACCUCACUGGCUUAUAAAGCUCUGGAAUUACUCAUAAUAAUAAUAAUUUAUGAUAUUAUUAUUAUUAUUAUAAUUAUUAUUAUAUCUCAGCUGCGGAAGCCAAACAAUUUUAAGUAUUAGAUAAAUUAUAAUAUAAAUUAUAACAUAUUUAUAUAUUGAUUUAUUUGGAGAAAUAUAAACUAAAUUAUAGCAAUAUUAAUAUGUGCAUGUAUGGAGUGGAUGUGCUCAGACUUCCACUCCAAUAAUUGCACUAUUUUGGUAUAGCUCAAUGUUUAAAACACAAUAUAUAUUUAUUAUAAUACAUAUUUAUAAAUAAACAUUAGUACACAUUAUAUUUGAAUAAUUUAACAAUACCUACAUUUAGUAUUAUAUACAAUACAAAAAUAUAACUUAUGUUACGUGACCUUAAGGUUUGGCAGUUUUAUGCAUUUACUGUACUUGUAGCAGUAUUUAUCAUGCUGUUAAAUAUGGGAUUUCAUCAGGAUGCUAAAUACAUCUUUGAGCACAUUUAGAGGCUUGAACACUUUUGCUAGAAGUAUAGUGUAAGUAUAUAAAUAGCUAUGUAAGUCACCAGAACCUGUGAAACCUACUAGAAAGGCUGUGUAAAUCAAUCAGCUUAUUGAAAUGAAUCGUGUUGAUUGUUCUUUUAAACAAGCUCUUGGAUACAGCAUGUGCACAAGGCUGCAAUAUUUACAAGUCCGAAACCUUAGCAGGACUGAAAAUAAAUCUCGACUAACCAGUGCUUUGAUUCACUUAAUAACUGGCCCAUUUGUAAACAUCAUCUGAUCUUGGGUCCGGCUUUUUGUUUGGGCUUGAGCAUUAAAUGGCUUCACGGUUUAAGAGAUGUAGAUGUUUAAUUCGCUUCAAACCCUUAUAAAAGGUACCAGAAUUUUUCUGCAACAUCAUUAUACACUAGGUUAGCAUGUUUUAUGAUUCAAAGGGUGAAUUAGAUGCAGUAUAAAUCCUGCUGCUGGUAGAUAACACUCCAAGUACUUGUUACUUGUAAUAUUGGAAACAGUUGUUUUGGUGGAAAAGAGGAAAAAGAGAAAUGCGAGA